ACGUGAGAAUCUUCGAAAAGUAGUACGAUUUAAUAUUUUCGUGGAAAAAUGGGAUUUUUUGAGAAGAUCCUUGUGAUUGUACUCCUGGUCGGUGGAGCUUUAUCUGAAGAAGCUCAAAAGCCUACAGGUAUUAAGUUUGACAAGUUUGUUGCUUCUCCUGGGUCUGAAAAGUACGUCAAAUACGAAGUGCAUUCGGAACAGGUGAAUGAAACAGCCUUCAAAAUCUCGAUGGUAAUGGACCAAAUGGAAGACUUCAAUAAUGAUUUUGAAAUGAAAAUAUCCACGUACUUUAGUGAGAAGAAUGAUGGAAAUUACGAUGAAAUUUAUUCUACAUCAAAGGAAAAGUUCUGUGAUUUUUUGAAUGGAGAGGUCUACAAAAAACACAUUUAUCCACAGUUCAAGGAUGUGUCCAAUAUACCCCCUCCGGGAGAAUGUCCAGUUAAGAAGGGACAAUACAAACUGGAGGAUUAUGUACUCAAUUUUCAAGACCUUAAAGGCAAAGGAAAAGUUGGUGGAGUGCGAUUUGAUAAUUCAUUAUACAAAGAUGGAGCUUUAGUUGCAGAAAUGCAAUUGUUUCUUUCUGUGUAUUAAUCUUUUAUCCGUUCUUUUACUUAAAAACCUGGGCAUUCUACUUGUAAAUCUCUAAUUACUUAAUGUUGCCAGAA